CCUCCCACUCACCACCACCGCCCCCACAGAGGAGACUGUGUCUGCGUACACAGAGUGAGAGAGAGAACAUAUUCCUACGAGCUGCGAGGAGAGAGAAAGAGAGAGAGAGGGUGGGGGAGAGGUUGAAAAGAGAUGAUUCAAUGUCGGUUCUUUGGUUCCUCUCGCUUUAAUGACUGUCUCUGUUUCUCUCUCUCGAGAAGAAUCAAUCUUUUUAUCUCUUUCUGAUUUCUUUAUUCCGUUUAUAGUUCGAUCCAUCCUUCCAUCCGCCGGGAUGCUUCGUCUCCGUCUCUCUUCUGCGGCUUGAGAAUCAAGCGAUCAAUGCUUUCAUCGUUUUGGCCCUUAACUGCUUCGCGCAUCGCGAUCGAGAGGCUUCGAGGCUGAAAUUGAUGAGAUGAGCGUGAUCUGAUAAGGCAGUAUAGGAUGAUGUCCAGCUAACCGGUGAAUUUCAAUUCUAAAAUUGCAAUUUUGCCAUCUUAAACUGCCUUUGAAUGAAUCUGCUGGUGUGAUUUGGUGAAAAAAUUUGAAAAUAGUUCAAAAUGAACUGGAACCCCCAAAUGGAAGUGCAUUACGUAAACAAUGCUGUACCUUAUAGUACUACCGGAAGCUUUAUGGAUUUUUUUGAAGGUCUCACAUAUGAACACGUGAAUUUCAUUUUCUCUGGCACGCCGCAUGCUCAGGAUAGUUUCUACCCUUCAAUGCAUAUGAGUUUAUACAAAUAUGGGUUUUCUGAGCCAUGGACUACAUCAUAUUAUGACCAUAGUGAUGCUUAUUUGGUCAAUGAUCACGCUGCAAGUAUUGAUGAACAGAGGGGAGGGCCUUUGGAGAAUUCCUCAACAGUGACUAAUGAACAGAGUCAACAGACUGCAACAGUAAAUACCCAGUGGGAAGGAAAUGCUAACACUACAGCACAUGCCAAUACAGUAGAAUGUCCUCGGAGCCGUCAUAACUCACAUGAUUAUCAGGUUGUUUGGCAAGAUAAUGUUGAUCCUGACAACAUGACUUACGAGGAAUUGCUCGAGUUAGGUGAGACAGUAGGAACUCAAAGUCGAGGUCUUUCCCAAGACCUGAUUGCUUUGCUUCCUAUCUCUAAGUACAAAUGUGGCUUCUUCUCAAGAAAAAAAUCGCGAGAUGAAAGAUGCGUGGUAUGCCAGAUGGAAUAUAAACGAGGAGACCGUCAAAUCACUCUGCCAUGUAAACAUGCCUACCAUGCUGGCUGCGGCACCAGAUGGCUCAGCAUCAACAAGGCUUGCCCCAUCUGUUACACUGAGGUGUUUGGGGAUGGAUUGAAACGUUGAGAAAUCAUCCUUGCUGGUGAGCAUGAGGAGAUCGGCAUCAUUAUUGUUUGCCCUUUCGGGUUUUGUGCUUCAUUUCUUUCAUACAGAAAUAUGUUUUUUGUUCAUUCUUCCAUGUUUCUUUUAGUGGCAGUAGUAGUAGAAUUGUUGUAUUAGGCUUAAUCACGAUGACAAAUAAAUGAAAUAAUGAAGUUUGUUUUGUUUGGGACGAUUGUCUGAAAAA